GCGAGUAGUUUCAAAAUCACAACAUAGACAGGACUGCUUCUAGGCAACACCCAAGACAGAACGAAAAAUGUUUGGGAACAAGAAGAAACGGCAGUCCGCACCCGGAGAUGUCACCGGCACCCGCUUGAAUGCCAAGCGGCGACGCCUAGAAAAUUCACCAUCGAGAACUACCGCACCUGGUGACAGCGAAAGUCCCUCUGUGCGUUUGACUGAUAAAGAAGUAUCACAUGCAAUGCUAUUGAGAGCUGCAGAGGUCGGACUCGAUUCCGCGAUAAACGAGGCAAAGAUGGAGAAAUCGAGAAGCAAAAUGGUAAUCACUCCUCAAAGUGUUAUUCAGACCAAAAAAAUCUCAUCGGUGUCAGAUGACGACUCAAAAAAAGCAGGCAGGACAGGUACAACCGUGACCGAGAGAAAACCAGAUCAAGCCAUCCAACAACUGGAUCCAAAAUUAGCUGCCACGAACAUCUGCGACUUUCGGAAUGAUGUCGAUCUGUCGCCAGACGAUGAUGACCAGAGUUGCUCGUCCUCAUCGUCUUCUUCCUCGUCGUCGUCUUCCUCAUCGGAAGAGUCAUCUGGUCUUUUGAGUUAUCGUUCGAAUAGUUCGAGGGAAGACGGCGAACAGAAACUUCCACCACUCAAUGUUGGUGAGGAAUACGAAGGGAUUCAACGGCUGGAGAAAAAGUUGAGUCUCCGAAAGGAACGAUUGAAAAAAUUGUGCGCUGGCCGACCUGCUGCCUAUGCAAGAUAUCUUGAGGCAAACGAGGAGGCGGCCGGUGAUAUUCGAAUUGCUGAGUACAAAGAAAGCUACCCGGACGAAGACAAACCACUGUCUUGUGGAUUGCCGCGCUCGAAGUUAAUUCGAACCUGCUCGUCGCGGUUGGGCCUCCUCCAAUUUGAGGCUAUGCAUACAUUGCCCUGCUUUUAUACGAUUCUGGUCGUAAUGGCAGUCCAUUCCACAUUUUGUGCCUGCACUGAAACAGUUUCAAACAUUUUGUAUGGCUCUAUUUUUGAAAACAUUGUUAGCAAAAACGUCUACAAUGCUUUUGUGAUCGGCUUUGGACUCGCUCUCUUGCGUAUCAAUGGUCAUUGCUUUUGGUAUACGGGAACAUCGAAUGACUAUACUUUGAUUCAAAUGGAAAUGGGUAAUCGGCUUAAACUAAAAAAGUUUGAUGCUCGUGUACUAAAAAAAAUCAAGGAAUCUGUUGCUUGCUCGGCGUGCAACAUGUUUGGGUAUUACUUGAUUUGUGUAGGGAUAGGCCACUUUCACUUCAGACACUUUGAUAAUCUGAUGGAUCAGUUCGAUCUUUGGCUUGACAGCAUAUGGAUUAGGGUUUCUGAAAUUGUCAACGAUGAAAUGGCGAAGCAAGUACCUGAAUCUGCAACAUCAAACCUGGAACCAUUCGGUUGCACCGCGGUCCCAGAAAUAGAAUCGGCAAUAAGUCCAACAUGCCAGGUAGCGGUCGACGUGCUUGCGUCCCCCAAGAUCGAAGCUGUUACAUCUCCCAUCACGAGACAGUUGUACCACUUUUAUUGCCUAGAUUUCACAAACGAAUACAAAAGCAUGCAGCUUGUCGUUCACGGAUUGUUUUUGCUGGUUUCAAUUGCCUUGGCUCGUCGGGUUGGUCAGAAUUUUUUGACCUUGUGCGACUAACCGCAUAUUUGGCUACCUACACCAGAAAUCCAUUUGCUACUGAAAAUAUUACCACAUUAUGAAUCCUCAUGAAAAUAUAGUCCAGACGGUGACAAAAAUGAUAAUGGUAGUACUUUUCAUUAUGCUAUGACUACUCACAAGUUGGAUAGUUUUACUAGUGUGAAAUGAAAUUAGAUUUCAAUU